ACAGCAGUCGAUUUGGGGGCGACACCGCGCCGUCUGUUCCGGCUCACACUCGUUCGCAGUAUAUACCGAUCCGUAUAGUAUAGGCAGCGCGAGUAGAUGGGGGUAUAUUCUUGUUAAAAGUGCUAAUAAAUUGACUGGCUGCCGCGGCAAGUGUUCCGCGUUAUGAAAUACGAAGGGGUUGUGAUAGACCCAAAACUACAGCAGGAGACCGAUAGUGCUGGUGACCCCGCGGAUAACCAGGAAAGACUCCUCCAACGCCCAGUCAUCGUUCUAAAGUUCUCUGCGCUCCUCUUGUAAUUGUGAGCUGUCGCCUUCUUGUUUGCUCUCCGCUCGUGCUCGUUGCGUUCCUAUUGUUUUUUUUUUUUGUAAUUGUUUUUUACGGAGUGUUGUGCCGUGCAAUUAGAUGUACAUAAAUUGGCGGGGGGAACCCAAGCUCGAGAGGGUCCCCAAGUAAUAACAGCCCUAGAUUGCGGCGAUAGAACACAAUCAGCCAGCUGAGAAGAAAGAGUGUACUUAGCUAUACUCUAAAGUUCUCUCGUCUCGUUGCGAUUCGCUGAUCGUAGCCGGCAGUUUUGAAGUUAUUGGACUUGGACUCUGCAAAUAGUAAACUGUGAUUCCAGCUUGUACGCAAAAUGCGUCGGAAAAAGGUGGAGUACCGUGUGAAGCAGACGCCUUCGAGGCCGCUGCAGGUGUCUAGCGGUCGCAAUGGAUCCCUCGAGGAGGAUAUGCCCCCCGAGGACGAACUGUCGGCCCAGUAUGAGGCAUUCGGCACCACGCCACCCCGCACCAGGCUCAAAAUCAAGAAUCGUGACUGGGAACGCAAACAGAAGGUGGCCAAUGUGGCGGUUUCCGCAGAUUUGCCCUCCAGCGUGGGCGGUACCCCCAAGAAGGGUAUGACCCGAAUGGCCCGAUCUCGCGUCCUGCGUCGCAACACCAUGGACUGUGCGCUGCUCAACGAGAUGUUCGUCAACGACGAGGGCAAGCGGACAGACAAGCGGCUUCAGUCGCUACUGCGCGACUCGGAGCGUGAGAUGAAGAACUCACUGGCCACAACAGCGGUGGCCCCACCGCGGGGCAACAGCUUCCACGAGACUGCUCAUCCCCUAGAGUCGCUGGACAAGAUCAUGCCGCUCAGUUCGGAGGCCAUGGCACCGAUCCCUCUUCGCAUUGCCUCCAAGGUGGUGGAAAGCUGUAAUCGUUACCGCUGCGUAUCCUCGCGGCCGAUUGGCUAUCGCUCCUCGGCACCGCCGCUGGCUUUUGCUGCCCAACUGCCAGCCGGGUUGUUGAGGAGCGAUGGCAGGGCAACCGCUGGGUUAGGGAAGCGCAAGGACUUCCACGAGACGUUCGCCAACCUAAUCAAGCUGGGCAGCGUAGAUCGUCAGGAUGCCAAGUUGUCGCAGGAGGAACACACUUGGCAGACUGAGCUGAAGGAUCUCAUCUGGCUAGAGCUGCAGGCUUGGCAGGCUGAUCGUACGGUGGAACAGCAGGACAAGUACCUAUUCGAGGCACGGCAAGGGGUUUCCGAUCUGCUUACCCAGAUCAUCAGCUAUAAGUUCCAGCCGCGCUACCGCCGCGAGCCGAGCCUCAUAAGUCUGGACAGCGGCAUCCAUUCCGAUAGUAACUCCAAUGCCAGCUCUCCUUUGCCCAGCAAGAUGUGCCAGGGCUGCAUGUCUUUGUACUGUAAGGACUGCAUGGAUCACCAGGAGUUGGCGUUGCGGGAGGUGGAGGGCAUGUUGACUCGUCUGGAGGCUGCCGAAGCCCUUUACCCCUCCUCACAGGCCAUGGGCGCCCUGCAUCCCAUCUACAAGUCACAGAGUUUUGUGGGUCGCAUCAAGUCCAUGUGCCUGUGGUAUAACAUAACCAAGCAGAACAAGCUCAAGCUGAGUAUUCUGGGCAAGAUCUUGGCCAGGCUGCAAGAUGAGAAGUUCUCCUGGCCCGUGUGCACCUCCUCCUACAUGGCCUCGGAUAGUGGUAGCUCUUCUGCCUCAGGUGUGGACAAUGAUGACUCGGCUGUCAACUCUAUGGACUCCUCAAAGCCGCCCAGUGUGACAAGCUCGCGCAAAGGUUGCCGUAAUGGCAGCGUAACACCUUGCCACAAGGUGCAGUUCAUGCUGAACGAUGCCACCCAUGUGCCCGGCGAGACUUCCAGCAGCAAUGAAUCCACCUCUACCGAGAUCAGCCAGUUGUCCAGCGAAUGCUCGCAUGGCCACAUGCGCAAGGGAUCCAUGCACGACAUCAACAUUUUCAGUGUGGAGCCUUUGGGUUCCUGCAGCAACAAUGGCACUGGGGAGCAGUCCUCGGCCCUGUACCGCAAGUUCAUUGAGAAUGUCCUCAAGAGUCGUGGACUGGCCAAGUCGCUGGCCUUUCUCCACAAGCUGCACAAUGUGGCGUUGUACAAGGCUCACAUUUCCUUGGAGAAGCCCGGAGCCGAGGACUUUGACUUCGAGCUGGACGCGGAAGCUAUAGAGGAAGAUGUACCCAGAUUGGAUCCACAUAUAAGCCGCGAGCAGGUCGUGGAGCUGCGCACCUAUGGCUACUGGAGCGAGGAGGCACAGUCGAUAAACCUGCCGUCCUACAUUCCCACCUUCGUCUUCCUGAGUGGCCUUCCCUUGCAGUUUAUGCACGAGUUCCUGCGCAUGCGUCUGGAAACCCGACCGGUGCGACCUAAUCCCUUGAGCUUGGAACAGCUGAUGAAGGAGCUUAGGGAGGGCCUGACCUUGGCCCUGACCCAUCGGGAGCGUUACCAGCGACACAUCACCACGGCACUGGUGGAGAAUGAGACGGAACUGGUGAGCUACAUCAACAUUCUGAAUCACUACGAUGCCACGGUUAGGAAGACAUUUGAGCUGUACCUGGAGUACAUUGACCAGCUGGUCCUGGUGGCCGUGCCCGAGGGCAACCAGAAGUCUGUGCUGGAGAAGGAGUGGAUGUUCACCAAGCUCAUCAGUCCCAUGAUCAAGGGCAUGCACACCCUGGCCUCCCAGAAAUUCUGCGGAAUCAUAAGCAAGUUGCUAAGGAAUAUCUCCGAUCGUCUGGUGAAACGCACCGUGGAGCUGGACAAGCAGAUUGAUGGAACCGCCGAUAGCGAUGACAGCGAGGAGGUGAAGUGGCAGCUCCUGACCAUUUGCCGGGAGACGCAAUCGCUGCUCACCGUGGAGCGCGAGCGCUCCAUAAAGGUGCUCUUCUUCGCCAAGACCUUCUGCCGCGACGUAGAAACUACGGACUUCCAUCGCGAGCACUAUGAGCAUGACGUGGCCAACCAGCAGCAUGACUUUAUCUGCUCCGAUGUGAAGGCGGCGUUCAAGCUGCUCCAACAGGAUGUCCUCGAGGUGCGCAACAAGCUGACGGCCAUCAUCCAAGGCGUCCAGACGCGAUGUUGCCUGAGCAACAUGCGAGACCUGGACGAGCAGGACAAGCAGGCGGUGUUGUCCCGCACCCGGGAGAUCCUCCACCAGGGCUACAAGUUCGGGUUUGAGUAUCACAAGGACGUGAUCCGGCUGUUUGAGCAGCGGAUCAUGGACCAAAAGGACAGCGGUGCCCACACAGUGGACCUCGCGCUCGGCAUCAUUGCCUAUGCCAAAAUGUGGAUGCAUUUCGUGAUGGAGCGUUGCGAGCGGGGUCGUGGAAUGCGCCCUCGCUGGGCCUUCCAGGGCCUGGAGUUCCUGAUUCUUGCCUGUGACCCACAGAUAACCCAGCACCUGGACGAGCACCAGUUCGAGGAGCUCAAGCAACAGAUGGAUCGCUGUAUUUCGCACGUAAUAGGCAUUACCUCGGAACCGGAGAAGGUGGCCAAAAAGAAGGCAUCGCCGCGCACACGUAAGACCUCAUCGCCGGCCACUUCGCGCUCAAGAACACCCACCCGGACGCCCAUGUCCGCCGGGAUCGUGCUCAAUCCCAACACACCGCCACUGCAGUCGCCGCCGUACAACAAACUCCUGCAUCCGCAGUUCAGCCUGAAGGAGGACCUCCUGCAGCAGUCUAGUAAUACGUACAGCUCCGUGGAUAGUGCCGACUAUGUGGACACUCCCUGCCAAAGGAGUCCCAACGGGGAGCUGCGUCUGCUGGUGCCACAGACACCGCCAACGCCUGCCUCCUCCGGCAAAGGUAGCAUCGAGGGCACGCCACUGGCCUUGCGGCAGGAAAGGGUGAGGGAUGCGGUGAACCGCUUGGAUCUGGAUCUAGAGGAGCGACUACGCGAGCGCCGUCUCAUUGGCCAGGUGAAGGCCCUCAACUCCAGCGACAAGGUGCACAUACGGGCGCGCAGUGUCCACUUCCGCUGGCAUCGCGGCAUUAAGAUCGGCCAGGGACGCUUCGGCAAGGUGUAUACGGCGGUGAACAACAACACCGGGGAGCUGAUGGCCAUGAAGGAGAUUGCCAUCCAGCCGGGAGAAACCCGAGCGCUCAAGAACGUGGCCGAGGAGCUGAAGAUCCUCGAGGGCAUCAAGCACAAGAAUCUGGUGCGCUACUACGGCAUCGAAGUGCAUCGUGAGGAGCUGCUCAUCUUCAUGGAGCUGUGCUCUGAGGGCACCCUGGAGUCGCUGGUGGAGCUAACUGCCGGCUUGCCGGAGGCCUUGGCCCGCCGCUUCACCGCUCAGCUGCUGUCGGGAGUGGCGGAGCUGCACAAGCAUGGCAUUGUGCAUCGCGACAUUAAGACAGCCAAUAUCUUCCUCGUGGACGGCAGCAACAGCCUUAAGCUGGGCGAUUUCGGGUCGGCGGUAAAGAUCCAGGCGCACACCACCGUGCCCGGCGAGCUGCAGGGUUAUGUCGGCACCCAGGCUUACAUGGCGCCGGAGGUGUUUACGAAGACAAAUAGCGAUGGACAUGGCAGGGCUGCCGAUAUCUGGUCGGUGGGCUGUGUCGUUGUGGAGAUGGCCUCGGGCAAGCGUCCUUGGGCCCAGUUUGAUUCCAAUUUCCAGAUCAUGUUCAAAGUGGGCAUGGGCGAAAAACCGCAGGCGCCCGAAAGUCUCUCCCAGGAGGGACACGACUUCAUUGAUCACUGUCUGCAGCAUGAUCCCAAGCGGCGUUUGACGGCCAUGGAGUUGCUGGAGCACAAUUUUUGCAAGUACGGUCGAGACGAGUGCAGCGGCGAGCAAUUACAGAUGCAGGUGCGAGGCUCCUUUAGGCGGAAUGUGGCGACGAGCUAAUUUUCCUGCAUCCUAGCUGAUGGCUGAGCUGACCCGAAACCUCCGUUUUGUUGUUUUACUUAGCACACCCCUGCAUAUGAUGCAUAUGCUGAGCGGUGGGCACUUUGUUUAGUGUCUAAAUUAUGUGAAUGUCGAUUAUUUUAAUGGCCACGCCUAGUUUUAUGUUGGACGAAAUAUAUACCCCGUAUAAAGUAAAGACACAAGCCUGUAAUCAUACCGUA